AUGCUCCGAUCGGCGGUCAUUACGCGCUCCCAGCAGAUCAAGCAAGCUGUCGGGCGCCAGUUUGCGUCCGCCGCGGCAGCAGCUGCUGAAAGCGCGGGGAAGAGCAAGGUGAAGGCGAAGUCGACGGGAGGAAGCAGCGGCGGGAAGAAGAAAGCUUUGGAAGACCAAGGGAAGGCGGCCUCCAUUGUGGAGGCGGCGCUUCGUCAUGCUCAAGUACAGCUGCCAAAUCUGGAUGAGGCGACUCAGGGGGAGGAGAGGCGAAUGGCGAACGAGUACUCGAGGUUGAUGAUGCAGAAGCACCACCAGCAGAGAGGGGCCGAGUCAGCCAGGCUCAAGCUCAAGCUGGCCGCCAUCCAAGCCCUACCUGCUGGCAAGCUUAGGGAUGCCGCCAUGCUUCCAGAUUUCACUCCCUUCCCGUCCAAUCGGAUUGCACCAUCUCUGACACCUCCAAUCAAGGAGCUGCAAGAGGAAAGAGCAAGGACUAGCGACCAACAGGUUGUAAGAAAAAUCCGGUUCGGCGUGGGGGAGUGGGCUCGUCAACGCCCCUCCCCGCCCUUGCGGCAGCUGCUUUGGACCGCCUCUCCCGCCGCCACUGUCUCCGCCGCCUCCGCUUCCCCCCCUCGACCGCUCCGCUUCCACACGGUGUCGUCGGUGGAGCAGGACCUACCCGACGACCCCCUGCGGGCGAAAUACAUCCAAGGCACGCUCGUGCCCGACGCGCUCAGUCGGCUGCUCUCCGUGCGCGUGCUGCCGCCCGACCCGCUGCUGCUGCCCGUGACGUGCGCCGCGUUCACCGCGCUCUCCAACGGCACCUCCGCCUGCACGCAGCUCGCGCCCAUGUGCGACGCCGAGGUGGACAUCGACGUGGACCCAUCCCUGCUGGCGGCGCAUUCGCUCUGCCAAUCAGAGGACCCCGCCACGUGUGGGGAGGUGGCAGCUGGGACAGGCACACCUGGUGCUGACAUUAUCCUGUUCCUCUCAGCCAAGCUCCCGUCAUCCCCUCCUGCAUUCACCCUCCCAAUCAACGCACCCCCCGUCCCUCCCCGUGCCCUCCUUUUCCGCGGAGCAGCAAACGGCGACGUGCAGCAGCACCACGGCAGCGGCACACGCGUCGCACUGCGCGGUGGACCCCGCGUCGAACCGCCCGCUCGCCGCAUCGCUGAACCUCUGCCCGCUGGCUUGGCGCGCCGUGGGGCAGCACUCGCCCUCGUACGACUCGCAGGUAGCGCCGGGUGGGGAAGAAUGCGCUGGGUGCUCGGCGCGUGGGUGGCAGGGGGAACAGGCGCAUUCAUGUCACGCCGCCUGCCCGCACUUUUACCCCCCCUUUUCCUCCCCUCCACCCCUUCCUCCCUUUCCCUUUCCCCCUACGUGCACGUGGUGCUGCACCAGCUCACGCACGCACUCGCCUUCAGCUCCGCGCUCUUCCCGCUCUUCAAGGACGUAAGAGGUACGCCGCUCCCCACGCCCCGCCACUCCGCUGCUGCCCUCCGUCUGCCUUGUCCCCUCCCCUCGUCUCCUCCGCUCCACAAUCACGCUUCCGCGCUCUUUGUUUCCUUCCCCUCUCUCUCCCUCCCUCCGCGCCCACCAGGCCAGCCGUACGCGCAGGUGGUGGCGACGGCGCGGCAGGCGGACGGCAGCAACGUGUCGAAGAUCGUCACGCCCGCCGUGGUCGCCGCGGCGCAGCGCCACUUCGACUGCCCCGCGCUCGACGGCGCCGAGCUGCACUCCGCCCCGCCCUCCGUCUCCGCGCCCGCCUCCUCCCCCGCCUCCGCGCCUCCUGCGGAAGCGAACAGCACGGAGUGGGGGUCACUGGUGGCGUCAGCGCAGCCGGAGGAAGCGCUGACGGGGGGAGUGGCGCUGGACGGAGUUGGGGGGGGCGAGGGCGGGGAGGUGGUGAGCAGCCAUUGGAGCGUGCUGCGCUUCGAGCACGAGUACAUGACGCCCCUACUGGACGGGGUGCCGGUGGUAUCAGAGCUGACGCUAGCGCUCUUCCAGGACAGCGGGUGGUACGCGGUGACGCCAGGCAUGGCGGGCAUGCUGCGCGCCGGCUACCACCGCGGCUGCUCUGCUGCCACCGCCGCCCUCUCCUGCCCGCCCUCCGCCUCCGCCUCCGCGUCCGCGUCCGCGUCCGCCACCACUCCCCCCGGCUUCUGCUCCGCGGCGGACCUCAACCGCUCCGCCACCUUCUCCGCGGGGGGGGACAUGCGCCGCGUGCCCAUGCCGCUGACAUGCUCCUCCGACUUCCUCUCUGUCGCCACCUGUGACUCGGGCUGCGGCCCUUCCUCUUCUUCUUCCUCCUCCUCCCCCGCGACCUGCCUCUUUGGCACGUGCAAGCACAAGACCAGUGUGGAGUCGCAGCGCUGCCAGGCGCCACGUGGAGCGGAGGAGAGCCGGUCAGCGGAGGUGCAGCAGCUGGGCAUGGCGUACGGCCCGUCGUCGCGCUGCUUCCUGCACGGUCCGCAGUUCUUCGACUAUGCCUUCGGUGCCGGUGCCACCCCGCCCCCCGGCGCCGGCUGCUACCCCAUGCGCUGCGUCCCCUCCGCCUCCUCCUCCCGUGACUCCCGCUCCGCUGAAUCCGCUGAUGACCCCCCCACUGCUCCCGCCCUGGAUCCCUCGGCUGGCGCCAACGGCAACGGCAGUGCUGCCCUUGCCCCCAAGGCGCAGGGCGGCAGCGCGCUCUCGCUGCCCGCCCCUUCCUCCACCCCCAAGCGCCAGCUGCGGGGCAAGGGCAAGGGGAAGGGCAAAAGGGGGGGGCGGGGGAAGAGGGGGGGCGGGAUGGUGGUGGAGGUGCGUGUGGGAGCGCAGUGGUACGCGUGCCCCUCAGGGCGCAUGGUGGCACUCGAGCAGGGCGGAGGGGACUUCCACGGGGGCUCCAUCGGCCCCUGCCCUGACAACCGCCGCAUGUGCCUCACUGCCUCCUGCCCCAACGACUGCUCGGGGAAAGGUAUAUGCUACAACACCACGUGCCACUGCCUGCCCGGCUACGCUGCCGCUGACUGCAGCCAGGUGGCGUGUUCACCGCUCGCCCUCACACCCGCCUCCACCUGCCGCGCGCCUGCCUCCUGCGACCACGCCUCGGGUCUCUGCCUCCUGCCCUCCGGCCGCCCCUCCCCCCUCCCCCUCGCCGCCGCGCCCCCCUACACUCCCCCCCCGCCCCCCUCCCCGCCUGCUCCACCUAUCUUCCCCCCGCCCGGCGCCCCGCCCGCCCCUGGAAGCACCGCUAACAGCAGCACCGGCAGCAACAGCAGCGGCAGCAGCAACGGCAGCAUGGGGGGCGAGGCGCCGCAGCACGGGGUGCUGGUGCGCAGCGUGGUGGUGCUGGGGGGCGCCAACAUCAGCGCCAUCCGCGAGGGCGCGCGGCUGCAGGAGUUCCAGGCACAGUUCCAAGCGCAGAUGAGCGCAGCGGCGCGCGCGACGGGGUACGAGGGGCAGGUGGAGGUGGCGAUCGACGCCAUCUAUGCGGGCAGCAUCCUCGUGCACUCCACUGUCAACUUCUUCCAAGCCACCAGCUUCAAUAUGCCCGGCGUGCUGCUGCACAACCUCAUGUGCGGUGCUGCUCCCCUCCCGCCCUCUCAGUCCCCGCAUCCACAUGGGGUUGCUCGCUGUGCUGCCCCCCUCUCUCAGCCCACGUCCCCAGCGAUGAUAUUCGCAGCAUCAUCCUACUUCCUGGCGCUGCCCUCCGGGCGCAUCUCGUCGUUCAACUGCUCCAUGGCCGCCGCGCCCGCCUCCAACAGCGCACCCCAGGGCGCCGAGGGGCCGCCCCUGGGCAUCUCGUACGGUGCGUGGGCCGCCAUGGCUACCGCCAUCCUCGUGGCUGGCGUCGCCAUCUGCACCGUGCUCAGCCGCCGCGAAGGCGACGCGAGGCGCUACUCUACGCACAGUAAGUGUCGCAUCGCCCUCACAGCCUUCCUCUUCCUGCCCGUCCUCACAGCCUUCCUCUUCCUGCCCGCGCUCACUGCUCAACCCGCUCCCUUCCACCCUCCUCCCCGCCUGCCUCUCAUUCCCUCCUGCCUCUGUGUGUUCCCUUCCGCGUGCCCCAACCACCCCUCCCCCUGUGCGAGCAGCGGGUACGACGCGACAGGCGCGCCAUGGUACAUGGAGGGGGAGGAGUACGAGGACGACAUGGAGGCGGACCUCGACCUCGACCCCCUCGAGGCCUACGCGCAGCUGGUGGCGGAGGCACAGCAGCACCAGGGGGGCGACAUGGGAGGAAUGGGCGGCAUGGGGGGGAUGGGCGGGAUGGGGGAGGAGGGCAUGCAGGGGGGCAUGGCGCAGCUGUCAUCCCUGCCGUCAUCGCUGCAUGCAGCAGCCUUCAUGGCUGCAGCAGCAGGGGGCGGCGCAGCACCCCCUCCAGGCCCCACCCCCCCUCUCCUCCCCGCCAGUGAGCGCCUCCCUGCGCCCUCGCGCCCUCUCUUCGCCCUCCCGUCCUUCUCAUCGCGCCGCCACCCCUCCGCCUUCAAGCCCUCGCGUGCCAUCUCAGGCCCCAUCCUCUUCCACGCACCCACCAACAGCACCUUUGGUAGUGGUGCCGCCAUGCCCCGCCCCCCCUCUGGUCCGCUCCUCCCCCCUUCUGCUGCUGCCAGGGAGGCAGCCAGGCUGGGGGACGGCGGUAAGGGGGAUGACGACGCGGAGGGGCAGGAGGGGUGUGAGGGGAAGGGCGCAGGGGGGGCGGUGGAGGAAGGGGAGGAGGCGUGGGCGAGGGCGGCGCUGAGGCGCCUGGUGAGGUCGGUGUCGGGGCCGCUGGCUGUCAUCUGGGCGUCCGACCCGCGCCCCCCCGCGCCCGCCACGCCCCACCACCCCCACCCCUACCACCCGCACCGCCUCUCCGGCCGCCUGCGCAUGGGCGGCGCAUCCGGGCGGCUGUCUGGGCGGCUGUCCGGGCGGCUGGUGGCAGGGCGGCCAGCGGGCGGGCCGAGGCGGUCGGGGGAGCUGAGGCGAUCGGGGGAGCUGGCAGAGGGUGCGGGCGCACGGGCAGGGGGAAGGCGGUUCCCCUCAGGCGAGCUGGGCGUGGGGAUGGGCGCAGGGGGAAGGCAGAGGGGGAUGUCAGGGCCAAUCGAUGCCAUGGGGCGGCCUGCAGGGGCAGAGUUCAUGGGCGUGGGCACGGGCGUGGGCAGGCAUGCUGGGGGGCUGGGUGGGGGCACAUUGCCCCUGUCCCUCGCUGCAGGCAGCUACGCUGGCAGUUAUGGAGGGAGCUACGGGGGGAGUCAUGGGGGCAGUCACGGGGGCAGCAACGCAGGCAGCCAGCCCGGCACACAGCCACAGUCACCGUCCAACCGAGCGGGGGCAGGGCGGCGGGCAGGGGGUGAGCAGGAGGCGGAGGGCAGUGCGGCAGUGGGGUCGCUGAGUGGGAUAGAGCCGUCGCUGCUGCACCAGAUGCACCUGCACGGCAUGCAUCUCCCCCACCACCUCCCCAUCCACGCGUCCGCCUCGCAGCCCUCCAUGGCCGCCCAUGGCCAUCCCUCACCACAGCCGGGGGCACAGGGCGCAGCAGCGGCACGAGGGGAGGGCGGGGCGGCGCGCAUGGUGCGGGUGGGCUCUGCGGAUUCCGCUGCUGCUGCCGCUGCCGCCGCUGCAGGGGGGCCAGGGGGUCUAGCGCGGGCGAGCAGUGGGGGGCUGCCGGGCACGGGUGGCUCCACGCCCACGUUGAGGCGCGGCCUCUCUGUGUCUCCCUCCCACCGCGCUGCCCUCGUCGCCGCCCUCGCUGCUGCUGCAGGUCAGCCCACUGCCUCACCGUCAACGCUGGUGCUUAUCUCCCCCAGCUGCAAAGCUGCACGCCUCUCCACCCUCACCGCACCUUGCCCGCACCCACAGUACCCUGUGGAGGACAGCGGUGCCGACUACGCCCCCACGCCCUCCAUGCUGCGCUCCCGGAGCAUCCGUGUGGGUCGCUCGGGCCACCUCACUGCCUCAGGUCAGCUCAACCCUUCCGGGCAGCUCAGGGCUUCCGGGCAGCUGCGAACGUCUGGGCAGCUGCGGCGGCUGGCGUCAGGGCAGCUGCAGGUGCCGGAUCACCUGAACCUGAACAGCACCACCACUGCCUAUCCCACGGGCAACACCAAUGGUGGCACCAACGCCAGUGGCAGCGGCGCAUGGUCGUACUCUGCCAUGGGCCCGCCUGCCCAUGCUGCCCCCUCUGGCUCCACCGACACCACCGCUGCUGCAGGGGCGGGGGGAGGCGAGCAUCAUGUGCGCAUGUCCGGGCAGUUGGUGGGUGGGGGACAGGGGGCUGCCGAGGGCGGCAGUUCGGGCAUCGCAGGGUCGGGCAUAAGUUCGGGGAUAGGUUCGGGGAUUGCAGGGUCGGGCAUGCUGUCGGCAUCAGGGUCGGCGUGGGGGCAGAUGCCGCACUUUGCUCAGCUGAACCGGUCGGGGCAGCUGAGAAUACUCAAGCAGCUGGGCACUCAUGGGGCAGGCACUCCUCCCAUGGCCAUGCAUGGCCACGGGCAGGUGCAGGGGCAACACGGGCAUCAUGGGCAGGCAAGGCAAUCGUCCCCCCGUGCUGCUUCCCCACAAGCCAGCGGUCUGCCAGGCCAGUCAUACCAGCAGUCAAUGCAGUCAAGCCAGUCAAUGCAGCAGGCAAGGCGGGCGGUGUCCGGGGUUGUGCGCUUCUCCAACCCGCUGGCUGCCGCCCACCACACCGCCUCCUCCGGGCAGCUUAACGUGCCCCAGCGCGGCGCCAACCAAUGGCUGCGCAGAGCCCGCUCCAAUGUGGGGCUGUCCGGGCAGGUUGAAAUGUCGGGCAGGGUGGCGCAAUCAGCGCAGAUGGUGAGAGUGCCCAGCAACGGGGAGUACUCUGCUGCCCAGGUCACCCCAUCCGGGCAGCUGAGAAGAAAUUUCCCUUCUUUCGCAACUUCGGGGCAGCUUCGGAACCCGUCAGGCCCGUUCGCCCAGUGGGGACGGGGGGGAUCGGGGCGGCGGGAGGAGCUGGCAGAGGCAGCAGAGAUGGCGGCAGAGCAGGCUGAGAUGGCUGAUUUCUACACCCGCAUGCGCAAUAAGGCCACUUCUGGGCCCAUUUACUUUGGAUGA